AUGAAUGACGAACAUACGAUGAGAAGUCAAAUAAAUUCAUCACAUCCAUCACGGUUAACUAGAUAUUCUGGCCGACAUUUUGAUUUUUUGGAUACACGUCAUUCAGUUUUUUCAAGAAGCACUUAUUAUAAUGAUUUGCAUUCAAUUCAUCCAUGGUUACGUCAUCCAUGUUCACGUUAUUCAGGUAUUGCAUUUUCAACAUUACAUGCAGCUCCUUGUUCAACGCGUACUGAAGAAUUAGCUCGACCAAAAAUCAAACGUGAACGACUUAUUCGACAAGAAUUUUUUGAUAAUUUUACAAAUUAUGCAUAUAGUGGUGUUAAACCUACAGCAUUAACAGCAGAAUGUUCAAAUCGUUUAAUUAUACUUGCUCGACCAAAAAAAACACCAGCUGGCUUUAUGAGUGGUUAUAUACUUCCACGUGAUGUUCCGGAAGGUGCACUUCGUGCACAUAUAACUGGUCGUAUUGAAGAAUUGGCUAAACCACGACAUAAUAAAAAUACUUAUAUGUGA